GAUGGACGAUGCUGUGCUGCCCGUUGACGCAGUGUCGCCUGAGGUCCUCGCCGAGUACACGUACCGAGCCAACGCGCAGUUGCCGCCAGCAGACGCGCAGGAGUACCUCUGGCGGGUGCGGCAUGAGGCGGCGUCGCUGCCCGACGUCACCGCAGUAGCCAUUGCGUCGUUGCCACCGCCCGCGCCCACGACGAUCCACGACAUCUUCCUGCCGGACCUGCCGCCAUUCCCUGCGAAUCGCGGGCUCUCGGCCGCGCAGGCCAUGGAGAUCACGUCCGACUUUGCCGACGUCCGACAGUACCUCGUGCACGUCGAGACAAGCUAUAGUAUUCCGCGCACCAUGAUUGUGCCCAAGCUAGGCGACGAAGAUGGAUGGCGCAAGGUCUUUGCCUCGACGCCGCCGCACGUGCGCACCUUGGUGCAAAUGGACCAGAUCAUGACGCGCCGGCUGCUGCACACGAUGCUUCAUUGGCUCGAGGACGACGACGACGUCCCCGCGCUCUCGCGACUGCGCGCCGUGUGGCUCUACGCGCUCCUGGCUCGCCUCGACAAGCUGCUUCUUGCAGACAUGGAUGCGUGCGUCCGGGACAUCUUCCGGUGGUGCUGGCGUGCACGUAGCCUCGCCCCGUCGACGGCCAACGUUGACGCGCUCAACGCUGUGCUAUGUAUCUGCGGCUUCUUUGGCCAAGGCGAGUGAUGAGUCAGUCGUCGGCUUGGUAAUGUACCGGUAUUUCAGUAGCUGUGCCCCACGGUGGAAUCUCGACUGUGGUCGUGGCUCGUCAUUGUAGAGCGGAAUAAGCAGCGUACAUUCAUAGUACUCGUUGCAAGAGCCUUGAAUCCUCGUAGAAGUGAGUGGCACACAGGACGACCAGAUCCUCCAAAUGGGCGCAGCGCAAGGGCGUCGUUGCAGCCACGACCGCGACAGCCCAUGCUCCUUGUCUCGUCUUUCGUACCUCGUGCAAAUGCCUCUCUCGGCUGC